AGAUAUUUCUAUUAUUUCUUCACCGUUCCUUGGCAGCCCACUUCCUCUUCCGUUAUGUCAACAUACAUCCCACCGAUCAUAUACUGGAGACUACGCACUCUCUACAGUCUGCCCCGGGAGUAAGCAUGAGACUUUUCAUCCUGCUUUUAUUUUGCUUUCAAGGAGAUGUCUACAGUAAAGAUGACCAGACCUACUGUACAGAGCAACCUGACUCCAUUAUGGUAGAUGUGGGGGCAUCGGUGACCAUCCCUUGCAACUUCUCCUAUCCUAAGAAUGGUUAUCCGGGAGAGGUGAGAGUGUACUGGAGACAGGCAAAAGGAGGUAGAUGUGGAAAUAAUGAAAUCAUUUACAGUCACACUGAGAAGAGGACAAAAGCAGACUAUAGAGGACGGAUCAGUAUGGAGGGAAAUCCAGAGCUGGAGAGAACAGCGACAAUCAGAAUCCAGAUGCUAAAGGAAACGGAUGGACCCCUGUUCUGCUGUAAGAUCUCACUUUACAGUUAUGGGCAACCAAAGGAAACAUGGCAGAACCAACAUGGGACCUAUAUAAAGUUCAAAGGCCAGUUUUAUGUAGAACAGCCGGAUGUUGUCCCUGCUGUGAUUGGAGAAGAUAUCUCCAUACCGUGUGCUCUUCAUAAUAAAUUAUCUGAUGCUAUAGAGGAGAUCAUCUGGAGAGUAGGAACAAGUGAUCUGUGUAAUGAAAAUGAUGAAUUUUUAAUAUGGAAUACAGAAAAUAUAACACAAAGGGUUGGACGAUGGAGAUUACAAAAAUCGGAGAAUAUCUUCCUAUUACACAUAGAGAGUGUUAAACAUUCUGACAUUCAGCAAUACUGCUGUGAGGUGAAGACAAAAACAGGAUCAGAUGGACGGUCAUCUAACCACGGCACCCAGCUAGUGAUAGCAGAUUUUUUUUCCCCAGAUCAGAAUGGUCCCGAGUUCACAGUCACUCAGUCUGAAAAUAUAUUGGCCAAUGAAGGACCCUCUGUCAUCAUCAAUUGCUCAUACACCGUCCCACCAGACCGAAACCUUCUGUGGAGUGGAGUUUUCUGGAGAGUGGGCAGCCCAACAGGACCCUACGCCUAUCACCCCUCUGAUCUGAUGGUUCAUCCCAGUUACAGAGGAAGAACUCAGCUAAGUGAAUUGGCUGAUCUCCAAAUAAACGGGGUCCAAGAUUCAGAUGCCACCACCUAUUACUGCUUUGUGAUGCUGAAAUUUUGUAUUGGAACCAACAAGUCCAACUCAGUGCUGAAAUACGGGAGUGGGACACAAUUAAAUCGAAAUGUAAAAAAUCUGACCUCCACAGAUUUCACAGGUCAGCAAACUGUAAUACUUGCAGCUUAUUUUGGGAUCAAAAUCUUUUUACUUGUACUGAGUAUAAUACUGUGUGCCAUUUAUGUGAAGAGAAAGUGACCACACCAAAGUCCAAAUUGAAUGAAUCCGAGGAGAGCAGCUUGGACUCAGGACACCUGAAAAAACAGCUGUAAAUUGUACAUUUGGGGUUAUGGGGUCUCUAUUCUGUUUCUGGGAAAUUUGUUUAAAAGACAACAAUGUGAAGCCCCCUUUGUUAGUGGCUCAGCGGAUUUGCGCGGUGUCUGAGGUCCCCUGUGUCCUGGUUGGUACUCCCCUGGGCCUUUCAUAUAGAAACAGUAGCACCUUGGUGGCUGAUAAGAAAUCUAAAUGUAUCUGAUAUGAUAGGGUUAUCCUUCCAUGCUACUUCUCUAUUAAAGGGAGGGUUCACAGUUUAAUCCCUUAGU